AUGCGGCAGGACGAGAUCACUAGAUGGCGUGAUGCUGUCUUCGCCUCGCGACAAAUCAUAACGAACAAAGGUACUACUAGCUACAUUGAGGCUCUGGACCUCGAUUCAUUAUCCCAUCCGCCGCCGGAACGCCUUCCUAAGCCAGUUCGCGAUCUUAUCGUCAAGAUCGCAGAGAAACGUGAGCUUGAUCCAGAUUGCAUUGUUCGCAUAGUACGUGUCAAUUGGAGCGGAGUCGAGACUAUAGUGGAUGAUGAUAUUGUUCAACAAGUACCUGAAGGACAGGAUAUGUUGGCUGAAGUCACCGAGGCAUUUGGAUUGCAGUGUUCUACUACAAGCAUUAGUUUUCUGCUGAUGGCAGCCGUGGAAAUUCGUUUGACUUAUUGA